AUGGAUAGUCGAGGUAUCUAUAUCAACAUAGGAAUCAAUCAAGAGUAUUACUCAAGAGCCUUUAUUGACUCCGGAUGCCUUUGCUAUGGAACUAUCAGUUCCCGAUUAGCCCAGAAGCUUUGCUUGCCGCGUAUCCCUAUCACCCCCAGAUCGCUCGAACAGAUCAGCACUACGGUACAUGGGGCUAUACAAACCGUGACGUACGUCGAUCUAGAUAUCGACGGGUACACGAAGAAACGGUCUUUCUUUUAUAUCAUCCCAAAUCAGCAGGAUGAUGUUAUACUAGGGAAAACCUGGAUGGAUCUAGAGCACGUCACAAUACAGCCUGCUAGAGGCUUGCUACACAUUAGUUUAUCCAAUCACUGGGUUAAAGAGCGAAAGUACAAAGAAAAACAAGAGUAUGAUAUCAUAGGGCAGAGUGCUGCAGUAUUCAUAGGCUUAGUGAGACGAAUACAGAAGAAAACCAUUAACCAAGAGCUAUGGCAAGAGAACUCGAACAACCCGGUUCAAUCGCGUAUCUUUGCUAUCAGUAUCGCUGAUAUUAACAAAGCGCUAGUACCAAAAGCUCUAACAGACCCGAAACAGAAACUAUCAAGCCCCUAUCACCAGUAUCUAUCCGUAUUCAGCAAAGAGAAGGCUGAUAUACUCCCGAAUCAUCGGCCUAGAAUCGACCAUAGUAUACCACUGGAAACAGAUGCCAAUGGAAAAGAAAAGUCGCCCCUAUGGGGACCAUUAUACGGGAUGUCCCGUGAAGAAUUGAUUGUCCUAAGAAAGAUAUUAACAGAACUACUAGAUAAAGGCUUUAUUCGAGCCAGUAGUUCGCCGGCAUCUGCACCUGUCCUAUUUGUUAAGAAGCCCGGUGGUGGUCUACGCUUCUGUGUAGACUAUAGAGGUAUCAAUCAAAUUACGAGAAAGGAUCGAUACCCGCUACCUCUGAUUAACGAAACCCUACGAUUACUAUCGAAAGCAAAGUGGCUCACAAAACUCGAUAUUAUCGCUGCAUUCCAUAAAAUCCGAAUAAAAGAAGGCGAAGAAUGGAAGACAGGCUUCCGUACUCGGUACGGCUUAUACGAAUGGCUCGUGACACUAUUUGGACUCACAGGUGCACCAGCAACCUUUCAACGGUUUAUAAACGAUAUAUUACAAGACUUCCUAGACGAGUUUUGCUCGGCCUACAUCGAUGAUAUCCUCAUCUAUUCUGACGGAACACUAGACGAUCACCGCGAGAAGGUUAAGAAGGUGUUGAAGCGCCUGCAGGAAGCUGGCCUACAAGUCGAUAUCGACAAAUGCAAAUUCGAAGCGAUAAGCGUGAAAUAUCUUAGGUUUAUUAUUGACGCAGGGAAAGGCAUCCGUGUAGAUCCCGAUAAGGUUCGAGCUAUUCAACAGUGGGAAUCGCCGCGAACAGUUACAGAAGUCCGGCGAUUUAUUGGGUUCGCGAACUACUAUCGCCAGUUUAUACCAGAAUUCUCACUCUUAGCACUACCGCUUAUUAGGUUAACUAAGAAGGAUAUGACAUUUAUAUGGUCGGGCGAAUGUCAGAGUGCGUUCGAGAAGCUCAAAGAACGGCUUAUUGGAGCGCCUAUCCUUGCGCACUGGGACGCUGAUAGAGAAACUAUACUGGAAACCGACUCGUCUGGAUAUGUGACGGGCGGCGCUCUCUCGCAGAAGGGAGAUGAUGGUCUAUGGAGACCAGUAGCAUUCUUCUCGAAGAAGAACAUACCGGCAGAAUGCAACUAUCCAAUACACGACAAGGAACUACUGGCAAUUAUCCGUUGCGUACAACAUUGGGAUGCCGAAUUACGAAGUGUUGCCUCAUUCACGAUUCAAACAGACCAUUUGAAUCUACGUUACUUUAUGAAGAAACAACUCCUUAGCGAGAGACAAGCUCGAUGGGCCGAAAUCCUAUCACGAUACAACUUUACUAUAUAG